AUGUCUCAAAAGAAGAAAUCCUCAAACCCAGCUAUUAAUUUGCUAGCUGGUGGUACUGCUGGUUUAUUUGAAGCCUUAUGUUGUCACCCAUUGGAUACCAUUAAAGUUAGAAUGCAAAUUUAUAGAAGAUCGGCUGAUGCUAAUAUAAAACCACCUGGCCCAAUUAAGACAGCCAAGGCUAUUUAUGGACAAGAAGGGUUAUUAGCAUUUUAUAAGGGUUUGGGUGCUGUUGUUAUUGGUAUUAUUCCAAAAAUGGCAAUCAGAUUCUCUUCUUAUGAAUUCUAUAGAACUUUGUUAGCUGAUAAAGAAACUGGCAGGGUUUCUACAGGUAAUACUUUUAUUGCUGGUGUUGGUGCAGGUAUCACCGAAGCUGUUAUCAUUGUUAAUCCUAUGGAAGUUGUUAAAAUUAGAUUGCAAUCUCAGAAAAGAGCAGUAACAGCAGGCGCUGAACCUAAAUACAAAAACGCUAUCCAAGCUUGUUAUACAAUUGUCAAAGAAGAAGGUUUUGGUGCUUUGUACAGAGGUGUUUCCUUAACUGCCGCCAGACAGGCUACUAAUCAAGGUGCCAAUUUCACUGUUUAUAGUAAAUUGAAGGAGGCCUUGCAAGAUUAUCAUGGUAGUGCUGAAAACUUGCCAAGUUGGCAGACAAGUUUUAUCGGUUUAAUUUCUGGAGCUAUCGGUCCUUUCUCUAAUGCGCCAUUAGAUACUAUUAAGACUAGAUUGCAAAAGGACAAAUCCACUUCUAAACAAUCUGGUUGGAUUAGAAUUGCUACUAUAGGUAAACAGUUAGUUAAGGAAGAGGGUGUUCGUGCUUUGUACAAGGGUAUCACCCCAAGAGUCAUGAGAGUUGCUCCAGGUCAAGCUGUAACUUUCACCGUUUAUGAGUUUAUUCGUAAACAUUUGGAAGAUUCAAAUAUGUUUAGCACUCAACCAAAACCAAAGAAAUUGGCUUAA